UUCGUGUUAUUUCUGGUGUCUGCAAAAUGGAUUUUAUCAGCUAUGAUUAUGAUGGCCCACUUGUUCAUUUCUUGUUAUUUCUUUGGAUAUCUCGAUGAUCAAGUAAAAUCUAUGAAUUUUGCCUUGUACAGUAGCAAUUGGACUGAAAAGGAUAUCCAAUUUCAAAAGUUGAUUUUGUUGGCCAUGAAUAUGAACAGUGCUAUUAAUAAUAUUUCAAUGAAAUUAACACCGACUAAAAUCGUGAAUCUAGAGAUGUUCGCAAGUGUUAUGCACGUAUCAUAUUCGAUUGUGUCAGUUUUAGCAAAGAAGGAAUUAUCCGACGGCAGUUAAGUGUUUACAACAUGUCAUAAAUAAUAAUCACUGGAUAAUGCAUUCUCACAUGGAUUUAAGUAUAUUAUUAAAAACUACACAAUUUAAGAAAUGAAAAU